AUGGCACGAGCAGAUUUUCAGUUCAGUACUAUUGGAGCUUUAAAUCAAAAUUCGGAGCAAAAGUUUGUAAUUAUUGUUGGAACUAUCAAGAGUUUUGCUUCCGAGGAUUCUUGGUUUUACAAUGCUUGCAGAAAUUGUAAUCGAAAGGUCACCACAAAAACAAUUUCAAAAGAAAAGCAAGAUGGUUCCGAUGGUUUUGAGGAUGUUGUGGUUCUGGAGUGUAAGGACGAUGGCUGUAACAGUAAGACUGUUUACUCCGUUCCGAGGAUCAAGGUUCCGAUACGGGUUCAGGAUUGUACAGGGAUUGUGACGCUCACCCUAUUUGAGCGUGAGGUGCUUAAGCUGUUGAAGGUUAACGCGAGUCAGCUGUUGGAUAAGAACCUUGAUUUAGCUAACGAAGGGAAUUUUCCGCCUGAACUCAAUGCUCUACUCAACAGGAAGUUUGCAUUCAAGAUAGCCAUAGGUUCUUUUAACAUACAAAACAAAUCGGAUGGUUACUCUGUUUCGAAAUUAACUGACAAUCCAACCGUGAUUUCCGAACUAGAAGCCGAGAUAAUAUCCGGAGGGAACAUAGGCACUCGCACUUAUAUACCAAGGAUUAGUUUGAUACCUUCUGAUAAAAAAAUUCCUUUUGAGUUUCAAAGGAGACAAUUUCCGUUGGCUGUUUGUUUCGCAAUGACUAUUAACAAGAGCCAUGGACAAUCACUGUCUAGAGUUGGUCUGUAUCUGAAACAGCCAGUUUUCACCCACGGUCAGCUGUAUGUUGCUUUAUCGAGAGUUAAAACCAGACAAGGAGUUAAACUUCUGAUUUUGGACAAUGACGGCAAACCUACUAAUAAAACGACAAAUGUAGUUUACAAAGAAGUAUUUCGUGACUUGUGAUCUCCAUGUACUCAUUCAUCGUUCGAUCAUUCAUUCCAUGUAACUGUUCUCUAAAAUGAUCCAUAACAUUUGUUUGAAG